UUUCAGAGGUUUUCGUCAUAACAAGCGCACCUUGUCUGAUAAGGUUAUUAGUACAGUUGGAAUAGACCCACUCGCUAGAUCCAAGAGGCUCAACGCAUUUUUUAUUAGUAGAAAUUCAGAAGAUCGAUUGCUUGUAAAUAAAACUGCAAAUUAUGAAGGAUAAGGCAGUUAAAUGGUGGUGCUGAACAUGCAUGGAAACUGCAAUUUUAGCUCCACCCAUCUUCUUCUUCUCUCUCCAUCUCUACCCUUUACCUCUGUUAUUCCAGCCUCUUUAUGGACACCAUGUGGCAGUAAGCGCCAUGAGAGUGAGCUCAGAUCUUCUUCCCUCAAAACCCACUUCCCCAAAAGCUUUGUGAGUUGUUGUAUGAGGAAGAAGAAGAAGAAACUGCAUUGGAUUGUCAAGGCAAACCCUAGAGAAACCCCUUAUGAUGUAUUGGGUGUUUCCCCUUCUGCAACUCCACAAGAAAUCAAGAAAGCUUAUCGAAAACUUGCGCUCAAGUACCAUCCUGAUGUGAAUAAAGAGGCGAAUGCCAAAGAAAAGUUCAUGCGAAUCAAGCAUGCAUAUAAUACCUUGUUAGAUUCGGAAUCUCGUCUCAAGUAUGGUUUUGGAAAUGGGAAUUCAGAUUAUUCAAAUUGGAGAAGUGGAAGGAAAAGAACUACUCAAGAUGAGGAAGAGUUUUAUGGAUUUGGUAAUUUUUUGAGAGAUGUACAAAUAACGAUAGAGGACUUCCUCCGGGACCUGCAAGGGGAGUUCAACAAUUGGGAAGCAAGUGUUUAUUCACAAGCAAAGCCAAAGAGUUUGUGGGAAGAAUUAGCGGAGAUCGGUGAAGAGUUUGUGGAGUUUCUAGAGAAAGAACUCAACAUUACAGAUGAGAAUAUCAACGCUGGGAAUCCAGAUAGGGAUGAUGAGGUGAAAUCGAAUGAGAAACCAGGUUCACAAACAAAGGAAGAUGCACAGAACCAGGCUAGAAGGGAGACCAGUGUAGAAGAUAGCAUUGAUGAGAUUGAGGCUACUCUGAGACAGCUGAAAAAGGAGCUUGGGCUAUAGGAAAUGGUGGCCUGGAUCGAACGAUAUGAUUUAUCUUUCCCCGGUUAAGAUUCAUGUAAAUUCAGUUCCUUUUGGACUUUGUUUGGGAGAGAGAUAGGUUAAGGAAGAUAAUGGCUUAGUUGGCAGCUUUCAAUUGCAUUCCAUACAAUACGGAAAGGGGUCGGGCCCUCCUUCCAAAUAGAAUACAAAACGCUGCUUAUUUCGGUGUUUUCCAUGACUGCACCAAUGGGAAAGGGUGUGGGUGAAAAGUGUGGCGUUGGCCACUAACACUUUGUAACCUGUGUGGUGAAAAAAUGGAUUCUAAGCCCUUCCAAAAUGAAGCAUUAAUCAAGCUUGAAAAUUGAGGCAAUGAAUAAUGCAAUCUGACCAUUGCUAGUGCAGGCUUUUUGUGGAUUAUUCAUAUAGGAAGCUGAAAGGAUUGCACGAGAUGCAGCCAGGGUUCUUUCAAGGAUCAUUAUUCUUGUUCUAUUACAGAUUGGCUCAGCUAUGUCUGUAUUAACUUUUUUACUAUGUUACUAUUGUUUAUCCUCAUUUUACCCCUGAUGAUAAUGGUAUCCUUCUAAAGUAGAAACCUUGAGUAGUUGUGACCACUUCAGCAUAUUCUUUGUAAUAUUCAUGAGAUUUUCUACAUUUCAAAGAAAAAAUGAUUUACUAAUA